AUGGCUCAGUCGUCCAUCACACCGACGACCUCUGUGGUGUCCAUGCUGGGCAUGAUCCCAAAAUGUUCGGUACCAUGUGUCAUGGAAGAUCUCUUUACUUCCGGCGGCUGCCCGAUGACAAACGCUCAAGAUCUGGCUACAUGUGCUUGCACGAACACUACCAUGCAGGCAGAGCUCUCUGCAUGCGUACAGAAGUCUUGUGGCUUUCUUGACCAAAACCAGGUCGUUCAAUUUGCGGACGGACUGUGCGCAGCAUUUCCAAUCGAAUCCCGUGUCCAUGAACUGAAGACAGCUUCAAUUGCUACUAUCAUACUAGCAGCCUUAUUUCUGUUUCUGCGUCUCUACUCGAGAUGGCUGAAAACACGGCGUCUUUGGUCCGAUGAUGCAUAUGCUAUCAUCGCUGCAGCUCUAUUGAUCACAGUCUCGAUCAUCAUACUUGAAAUGUCUCUCAAAGGCUUCGGCCUCCACUACUGGGACGUGCCAACGUCCAAUGCUGUCGAACUCCUGAAGCUCUUCUACGUCUGUCAAAUGCUCUACGUCGCUGUUCAAGUCUUCUCGAAAGUAGCCAUUCUGGCGUUGUACUUGCGUCUAUUUCCUGACUUCAUCACGUGGUUUAGAUGGAGUGUGCGAGGCAUGAUCACCUUCAUGUUCGUCCACGGCUUGGCUUUCUUCUUUCUGGUCGUCUUUCAGUGCUGGCCUAUUAGGUCUAUCUGGGAUAAGACAGUCAUCGACGCGAAAUGCCUCCCUGUGUCUGCGGUCAUUGGAUUCACUGGUGCAGCUCUUAGCAUCGUAGAGGACAUUAUCAUCUUACUUCUGCCUCUACCAUUGAUCUGGAAACUACAGAUGAGCACCAGAAAGAAGAUUGGUGUCAUCUUGCUGAUCAGUGUAGGAUCUUUUGCGUCCAUAACCAGCAUUGUCCGCCUCAAGUUCUUUGUGAAGUACUCUAACUCAUACGACUCAACAUGGGACAAUGUUGAUGUUAUCAAGUGGUCUCUUAUCGAGAUCCUAGCUGCAUGCAUCUGCGGUAAUCUGUUGCCCCUCCGUCCACUCAUUGAGCAGGCCAUGCCGAAUUUCCGCUCGAUAUAUAGCUGGUAUUCCGACCGCAGGUCUUCCCGCAAAUCUUCCGACAAGGCCUCGUGGGGUCUCCGCAGUUUUGGUAUGUUCGGUCGAUCUGGUGGCUCAAGCAAGCCGAGGCUCAUCUCCACCCUUCACUUUUCUCAAAUAAGCUUGAGCCCAACGUCCACACCCGAUUGGGACCGGAAGCACUCGAUAAAGUCGGAUCAGAACACGAUGAUAUCUCCUAGGACUCCAACACCUGCAUACUUCGAAAAACGUCUUGAUGACGUUGAUGAGGACUAUGUGCAGGAUGUUCCGCAUGGUAUAAUUAGGAAGACAUCCACAACUGUCCUGAGAUCGACGCAGACAGGGUCAACAAUGGUAGCCUCUCAAACCACGACAAGACCCAGCCGAGACGGAAGUGAGACAGAUCUGGUGCCACCUACAAGAGAUCGUGAGCACCGUAUUUCGGGGCCUUGGAGUCGUGCACUUGCUGUUCUCGACCGACGCUAG